CUGUCGACGGCGUUCCGAGGUUCCAGUGGUGGGAGUUGCUCGAAUGUGAUAGCGGGUGGCUGCUGCAUUGACCAUGCCUACUCCGAGGCAUCGGUAUACGUUGCUCGGUUUUUCUGACGAUUUGGACUGGAGAGCCUUGAACUUCGUGGACCCAAUUCCACCAAACAUAGUAUGUAAGGCAUGCGGCCUAGUAACCAGAGUGACCGCUUUUCUGCCUUGCCUGCACGUCUUCUGCAAGAAGUGCUACGAACAGUGCCGCGACAAUGACGUGCACUGCUGUCCACUUGACGGUCAACGAGCCGCGGAAGAAGAUGUCCACUGGAUCGAGUAUCCUGUGCAAAACCUGCUCAAACGGAAGGUGAAGUGCUGGAACGAAGACCGAGGCUGCGACAUUGUUCUGCCUGCAUCGGAACUCAACAAGCACUUUUGCAAAGACUGUGACCACCACUCCAUUUCCUGUCCAAGAUGUUCGAUGGCCGUACGCUGUAAUAAUGUGUGCACGCACUUGCAGAGCGAGUGCAGGGAUCACGUGAUGUCUGUGGCGUCCGCGAAUCCGGAAACUAACAACACUGGCGAAAACGCAAUUGAUGAUGGCUUUGAAUGCAAAUAUAGAGGCACGAGUAGGUGAAAU